AUGGAAUGUCCCCAUGAUGCUCAGUUGUUUGAUACGGACAGUAACAGUACACAAGCGAUCCUUCGAAAACUUGCCCACUUUCAAAGAUGGUACCAGCCAAUUCACGGAUAUGUAUGCGUACUCAUCUGCGUUUUUGGAAUCUUCACCAAUUUUGUGCAUGUGGCAGUUUUAUCGAGACCCAACAUGCGCAAUUCUGCCGUCAACUGCAUUCUAACAGCAGUGGCUGUAUGUGAUAUUGGAACAAUGGCAUCGUAUCUUGUGUAUAUUAUACAUUUUGUAUUACGAAGGAACAAUUCAUGCACUCCGACGUUCACUCAUUCUUGGUUACAAUUUCUUUUAUGGCAUGUUGUUUUGAGCAUCACACUGCACACAACAUCUUUAUGGUUGGCUGUGGCGAUGGCUUUCAUUCGACGGAUGACUCUGAGGGUUACUGCAUUGAACAGCCAGUGGCAGCGACCUAGAUUUGCGUGGAAGUUGUGCUUCAUCAUAUACGUCAUCGUUUUGGUACUUUGUAUUCCGAACAUGCUAGUUCAUGAAAUUGCAAAAGUAGAAGGACACAACUGGAAACCGGGAAAAACGUGUAAAGGGUUUCCAUCGAAUUAUUCUGAACCGGUGUACACAUUUAUGGUCAGUCAUGCAGCUACAAUCAAUAAUUGUCGAUUAUUUAAAUGGAAUAUUUGGAUGAUUGGAAUUUUAUUCAAGAUCAUCCCUUGUAUCCUGCUGAUUUUCUUGUCAUUUGGUCUUGUCUCGAAAAUUCGAGAUGCUGAAAAACAUAGAAGGAAAUUAACAAGUGUUCCGUCAAAUGCUUCCACGGAUUCCAAACCUCUGAAAAAAAAGAACGGAACUCCAGAUCGGACCACAUUGAUGCUUGUUGUAAUUUUAUUAGUGUUUUUGAUCACUGAAUUUCCACAAGGAAUUAUUUCCAUUCUUUGUGCAAUUUUUACAACAGAUGUUCACAAAUAUCUGUACUUCUACAUUGGCGAUGUAUUGGACCUCUUAUCACUUGUCAAUUCAUCUGUAAAUUUUGUAUUAUACUGUGUUAUGUCAUCCAGAUACCGGCAAACAUUCUGGGAGGUCAUCAUUCCGUCAUGGGCCUAUGCAAUGUGGAAUACCCGACGAGGAUCUCCAACUGAGUUAUCUCAAUUACAAAUGAAUAACAGUUUACGGCUUGGAAGAAAACAAAGUUAUACUCCACUCGCAACGGAGCCUGAUCCCAGACGUGAUGAGGAAUAUAGUUUUGAAGGAUCGAUGUCUGAGAAUCGGAACGGGGGAGGACACCGAUUAUAA